AUGGUCUCAACAUCCUCAAGCUCUUCGUCUUCGAAGGCUCCUUCUGAGCGAGGCUUCGACGUUCAUGGCUUCUCUUCAACUUCGCCCUCCUCAUCAGGCAGCUCAAACGCAACCACACCGGAGCCUUCAAGCCCGGAAUUCUUGGCAACCAAGAAAGCAACCGGAUCAGACGCGGGUCCUGUCCAGCCGUUUGUCCCACAACAAUGCUAUGACGAAUCGGUACUGCCUCCCAUCCCAGCUUCGGAAUCUGUGCAGCCGCUGGCCACCGACUCCAAUACCCCAGACCACUGGAUCGCUCGAGAUGAGCGCUUGAUUCGCCUCACAGGCAAGCAUCCAUGCAAUGUCGAAGCACCCCUCUCUGAGCUCUUCGCUAAGGGCUUCCUCACUCCUCAGAACCUCUUCUACGUUCGAUCACACGGUGACACUCCUAGAGUCACACGAGAGCAAGCCGAGUCAUGGAAGCUGAAGGUGCACGGCCUCGUCGAGCGCGAGUUCGAGUUCAGCAUCAAGGAGCUCAAAGAAAAGUUCCCCACCGUCACAUUGCCCAUCACAAUGGUCUGCGCUGGCAACAGGCGUAAAGAGCAGAACAUGGUAGCAAAAGGUCUCGGCUUUAAUUGGGGCGCUGCUGGUGUCUCUACAGGUCUCUUCACUGGUGUCUACCUUGCAGACAUCCUUGACUACUGCAAGCCGAAGAAUCCCGUCUUGUCCUCCUUCCCUUCGUACGAUGUUGCCAUUCCUGGACGCGCGAGGCACGUCAUUUUUGAAGGUGCGGAUGAGCUGCUGAAAGGCAAGUACGGUACUUCGCAGCGUCUGAACUGGGCACUCGACCGCAACAAGGGCAUGAUCAUCGUUUGGGGUCUGAACGGCGAAGACCUCUCUCCGGAUCAUGGCUAUCCCUUGCGUCUCGUCGUGCCCGGUCAGAUCGGAGGGAGGAUGGUCAAGUGGCUCGAGCGUAUCGAGGUAUCUGACCGUGAGAGCCAACACCAUCUUCACUUCCACGAUAACAAGGUCCUCCCGACCGAAGUCACAGCUGACCAGGCUCGAAGCGAGAUGCACUGGUGGUACGAUCCCAAAUAUAUCAUUAACGAUCUCAAUGUCAAUGCUGCCAUCUGCUCUCCCGAUCACGACGCCGUCAUCGACGUCGCAGAGCCCAGCGCCUCAAGUUCACAGCUUCUCCCUAUCGAGGGCUAUGCAUACACAGGAGGUGGAAGACGCAUCCACCGAGUCGAAAUCUCUCUCGACGAUGGUCAUAGCUGGAAGUGUGCUCAGAUCCACUACCCCGAAGACCUCUACCGUAAGUACCCAAUACAAGGCCACCCCUACUUUGGCACGCUCGACCUCAGCUCGACUGAGAUGAGCUUCGCUUGGUGCUUCUGGCGUCUCGACGUAGAUGUUCAGGCCGAUAUCAUCGCCAAAGACGUCAAAGUCAUCUCUGUGCGAGCUCUUGACGAAGGUUUGGCGACCAUGCCUCGCGAUAUGUACUGGAAUGCCACCUCAAUGAUGAAUUCGUGGUGGUUCCGUGUUGCUAUUCAUCGUGAGGGUCCUGACGGCAGCAAGCUUCGAUUCGAGCACCCAACGUUGGCAGGUAAUAUCCCCGGUGGAUGGAUGCAGAGAAUGAACGAGGCUGGUCUCAACCCACGCUACCCGAAGUUCGGCGAUGCUGGUCAGGCGAUCGCUGAGGUCUCAAAGCAAAGUUUCGAUAGUCAGAGCUCAGCGAACACCGUGGCUGAGGGCACGAUGGCUGUCAUGCUCGAUCCAUCGAAAGUAGGCCAUGUCGUCACCGCCUCAGAGCUCGCUACUCAUGCGGACGGCGAGGGUCCUGAGCCUUGGUUCAUUGUCCAUGGUCACGUCUAUGAUGGCACUGGCUUCCUCAAAGACCAUCCUGGCGGUGACCAAUCUAUCCGCCUCGUUGCCGGAGAAGACGCCACAGAGGACUUCAUGGCCAUCCAUUCGAUGGUUGCCAAGAAGAUGCUUCGUGACUACCAUCUUGGCAAGCUCGACACCUCAGAUGCUACAUCGGUGCCACCUACAUCGAUGGCUGAGCCUGAAGCAAUCGACCUCAGCAAGCCCUUCUUGGACCCGAAGAAGUGGCGGGCAACACGUCUAGUCAGCAAGAAGGUGAUCUCACCUGACGCCAGGAUCUUCCGUUUCGCUCUCACUGGUCCUGAUCAGGAGCUGGGCUUGCCGGUCGGCCAGCAUGUCUUCGUCCGUAUCCGCCGCAAGGACCCAAAGAGUGGCAUGGCUGAGACCGUUCAGAGAGCUUAUACGCCAUACAGUGGCAACACACAGCGUGGAUUCCUUGACAUUCUCAUCAAGGUCUACUUCCCAUCCCAAACUUCUUCACAGCCAGCUUUCGAGGGCGGAAAGAUGACGAUGCUGCUCGAAAACAUCGAUCCCUCACAGCCACUAGAUGACAGCCUGAGUAUAGAGCUCAAGGGUCCCCUUGGCUCCUUCACUUACCUCGGCGACAAGCAGAUCCGUUGGAAACCAGCAAAUGCUAUCCGCCGGGUUCGCAAGCUUGCUAUGAUCGCAGGAGGUAGCGGCGUCACGCCGAUUUGGUCGACGCUCAAGGCGAUCGCUGACGAGGCUCUUUCCAAUGAUUCCGAGGAUCAGGACCCGGUUCAGAUCUGGGUCGUCUACGGCAACAGAACUGAACAAGACAUCUUGGUUCGCGAAGAGCUCGAGCGGCUGUGUGUAGCACUGAAGGGUAACCUCCACGUUUGGCAUGUACUCAGCAACAUCGGCUCAGAAGCUUCGCAAUGGACCAUGGGACGCGGUCACAUCAACACUGACAUCCUGCAGAAGCACUUGCCACCACCACCAGCGGCACCUGCAUCACCGGAGGACCUCGAGGAUACGCUGGCCCUUGUAUGUGGCCCGCCAGCCCUAGAGAAAGCUGUCUCUGCGGGGCUCAAGCAGCUCGGCUGGGUUCUAGAACGCACUGUAGUCUUUUUCUGA